AUGCGCGAUGAUGGUACGGUGCUUCCGCGUGCGCUUACGGGCCUCUGCAAAAAACAACAAAGCAGGAUUGAGCGUUGUGUAAUGCAAAGCUUUUAUAUAUACACACACGUAUGUGUGUAUUUAUAUAUGAAAGCUGUGAAAGGGAAAAGGAAUAAAAAGAAACUGGAAAUUUAUGCAAAGAAAAAGAAGGAAAAAACAAUAAAAGAGUAUCUCAUCCUCCGAGCACCUUCUGUUUACUCCUUUUGA